GAUAUACAGAGAAUCAACAGACAGACACGAGCAGGUCUCCAGAGCGGAUGUGUAUUGACCGCAAUCAAAAUUUUGACUGUAUUAAUUUUAUCUCGAAGAAUAUGCAUCAGCUAAAUCAGUUUGCAGGAAGUGAAAAAUUCUGAAGAGAAGAAAAAUUGUAUAUUCGUGUUUGGAGUUGGCAUGAAGUUGACAGUGCUACCAGCAGUGAUUUAUUAGUCUGAAUUUGUGAUCAUGCCUCCCCAAUCAAUGAUGGACCAUACCAUUAAUCUUUUACCUACGCAAUGUACUGAAGACUCGCAAGCCGUUAAGGUCAAGUGCGUGUUGGUGGGGGAUGGGGCUGUGGGGAAAACUAGCCUUGUGGUCAGCUACACCACGAACGGGUACCCCACGGAAUACACCCCCACUGCCUUUGACAACUUCUCAGUUGAAGUGAAGGUGGAUCAGACCCCAGUCCAUUUACAGCUGUGCGACACCGCUGGACAGGAUGAUUUUGACUCCCUGAGACCACUGUGCUACCCCGGGACAGAUGUGUUUCUCCUGUGCUUCAGUGUUGUGACUCCCACCUCCUUUCACAAUGUGGCUGAGAAAUGGGUGCCAGAAAUUCGCAAACAUUGUCCCAAAGCUCCAAUUGUUCUAGUCGGCACACAGUGUGAUCUGCGAAAUGACGUGAAAGUGUUGAUCGAGCUGGCUCACUACAAGGAAGAGCCGGUGCCAGUCGCUGAGGCACAGCAAAUGGCCGAGAGCAUAGGAGCAACUUAUAUGGAGUGUUCGGCUCUCACCCAGAAAAACUUGAAGGAAGUGUUUGAUAAUGCCCUUCUCUGUGCUCUCAAAUUAACUGACCCUUUAAAAAGGAACAAGUCAACACGCCAAUCCAAAAAGAGUUCUAAAAAAACUGAGACUUUCACACCAAAGAGUUCCGAUGAUCUUGCUGCGGAACAUAAAAAGGGUGGAUGGAAGAAAUUCUGCUGCUUUCUAUGACGCAGGCUGCAUGUCCAUCCAGAACCAUCCAAUCACAGCUCAGAUCACAAAAAGCUUCAUCCAAUUACGGCAUAGAUUAUAUUCACAAUGCAAAUAGAAUUAUAGAGUUUCAAAAGCUACACUCCAUGAAUACAAAAUUUUUGAAAGAUUUUGGGUGGUAUUUCAACCACCAGACUAUUUUAUUUCAUUGUGUUGCAUAGAUUAAAAAAAUUCUGAUUUGAUGACAAAUUUUAAAGAUUGUAAAUUCUGAUACAUGUACAAUAAUACAUUUCUUUUCGAUUACCAAUUUUUGUUGAAAGCAGGUCUACUCAAGAGAUUUGAAUGUGAGAUUUUGAGAAAAAUAUUUGUAAAUUCAUACAUAUCGGUGUUUGAUGUACAGAAGAUAUGUCAAUCAUUUAUAUCCAUUUAAUUUAUUUCGUGAAUAUAUUUUUUAUGCUUGAGUUGAGGGAAUGUGUAUUUUCAAGUGCACUGGAUUAGUAUUUGUGAUGAAAGUUUCAGAGAUUAUUGUCUACUCCGGCAUAGAUUUCAAUGUGCAAUUUAAAGUGAACACUAAACCCAAAGAGCUUCUCAUGGGAAUAGAAUGUUUGCUUUCAAUUCUUUUUUUUUCACUGCUUUAUGGACAGAAUUCACAGUAGGCCUUAUACAGAGAAAUGUGGGUCACAUGGUUAUAAUGAUUAUUCAACUUGCUUGGUCACAAAACAAUAGUUGCUAUUGCUUUUUGUUCUGGGGAUUUCAAACCUUUUACACGAUAACCGAACAAGCUUAAAUUUUUGUUGUUGUUGCCCCGUUUUGUUGAUUAAUUAAGUUCAUAAGGGAAAGAACGUGGGAAUUAGGUUCAAGCUUUUGGUGCUUUUCCUGUAUUCAAAAAAAUUCCUUUUUUUUCUCAUUGCAUGGAAGAUUUAUCACUACACAACUAACAGGCGACAUUUGAAUGGGAGAUACUGUUGUCACAGUCCAGUAGACAAUGGGAACACGUCGGUGUAGAUAUCAUUACACAUCUAGCUUUUUUUUUACCCAGAAGUGUAAAUUGUGGACUCCACGAUAAGAUUGUGAGAAACGUCCCACUCCCAUGAUACAAGAUAAUGAGCAAAUGUUUUUUAAACCAACGAGAUUCUCAUCAAAAACAUUGCAAUUCGACAAACUCUGCUAGACUAUAACCCACAACAUUCAUUUAGUGUUGACAGACUUCAUAAAUAUGAAGAUGGCCUGCACCCUUAUGAAGAACAAGAUAAGUUUGGGACAAUCUAUUCCGAUAUCUCCACAGAUAAAAUUAUUGAUGACAUUCUUUGGUCUAGCUGACUUGAGUUUGGGUUUAAAUACUGAACUUCUGAUGGGGAUGAUAGAGAUGCACUUUUAGGGAUACAAUUUUUUAUUAUCUGAUACUUUACUAGUCAAGACUUUUUUAGUAUUCAUAUUUACUGCCAUGGACUUGAAAAAUUAAAUGUAUGUACCCUUUUUGUGCGACAUUGUCAACUUUUUGACAUAACAGAUAAGAGAUGCCUUUUUCAAUGGGUGAAGGUGCUUUAAAGCAGUGUAAUUUGUUUCAAACGACAACUGGAGAAUUUCCCAUGGCAAAAAAAUUGUUUUUAAAUGUUAAGAACCUGUUGUAUGUCAAAGACAAUGAGAAUUCCAAUUCUUGUGUUUAUGUUGCGUCAAGAUACGAAAAGUAAGAUUGAUUACGUAAUGUACCUGUUUAUCCCUUUUUUUUUAUCUGUAAAUGGUCUGAUGUCGGUGUUUUUGAGGUCACUUGAUCAUUAUGAUAGAUCAGUGCUCUAUCAUUGUCAACACGAGGCCAACACAUGGUACCUUCUACCAGUAGAUCCACGUCUGUCUGUAUACGCUGUGUUAUAUGUGAGACAAUACAUCUUCCAUCAUUGAUUGUUAUGAGGAUUUCUCAGAGAAAUAAAAGACUUUUACAUUGCAUGUGGCCGUUCAUCUGUACAUGUUUUGCCAGGCCACAACAUUCUUUCAUUAGCGAUUGUUACUUAUCUUUGUGAUUCUAUUCAUUCCAGCUCGUUUCUGGCUUUUAUCUCUUUAUCCUAGCAUAAAUAAAAAGCUUGCAAAAAACCCAAGAGAAUAAAUACAUGAAAUAUUGCUUGUGAGGUGACAAGGACAAGAUUUAAAUUCUUUAAGUAUUGUGGGGAUCAGCUCUCCUGUGAAAUCAGUGUCUUCAAUGUUAUCAUGUGUAAAAUUGCAGGAGAAAAGCAGACAGGCAGAAAUCAACCUUGAACGUUUUUGUUAUAACUUUUUGUUGAUGACCUAGGGGUCGUGUUGUUAUUAUAUAAUAGGAAAAACGCUGUCUUUCAUUUCUCCGUUUUGUUCAGAUUUGCUCCCCAGGAACUAUAAAUAAUGUCUCUUAAUUUUUUUAUUAUUAAAAUACACGUGCAGUUUAUGCAAGAAACAUAGUACAAAGUGAAAAAAAAAUGAUUGUUUGCAUUCGAUUUUUUUUUCACAAUGAUUGACACUUCUUUGCAAUAAAAAUGAAGGAAGUUUUGUACAAACUGUUGACUGUUUUAAUAAAAUGUGUAAUUAUUUUU